CCCCCUUCUGAAACUCGAUCUGACGACGACGAAUAAGGUGGAGGAAGAAUGAGAAUCUCAGGCUACGGAAUCGUUAUUCUCUCUGUAAUCGUAUUCUAUUACCUCGAUCGUAGCGUUCACGCGCGUCCCGUUGUCCUCGUCCUCUCGAACGACGAUCUCAACAGCGGCGGAGACGAUCCCGGAGUAGGAGACUCCUCCGACUUCGACGAAUUCGGAGAAUCCGAACCCAAAUCCGAAGAGGAGCUCGAUCCCGGGUCGUGGCGACGGAUGUUCGAGCCGGACGACGACUCAACCGUCGAAGCCGCGUCGCCGCAGUACUACUCCGGCCUCCACAAGAUUCUCUCGGCGGCGAGCGAGGGAAACGAUAGGUUGAUGGAGGAAGCGGUGGAUGAGAUAGAGGCGGCUUCUUCGUCCGGAGAUCCGCACUCGCAGUCGCUGAUGGGAUUCGUGUACGGGACAGGGAUGAUGAGGGAGAAGAGCAAAAGCAAAUCCUUCCUUCACCAUAACUUUGCUGCUGAAGGUGGGAACAUGCAGUCUAAGAUGACACUUGCCUUCACGUAUCUGCGACAAGAUAUGCAUGAUAAAGCUGUGAAACUAUACGCUGAACUAGCAGAAACCGCUGUGAAUAGUUUCCUGAUCUCAAAGGACUCUCCCGUGGUGGAACCAACUAGAAUCCACAGCGGGACUGAAGAGAACAAAGGCGCUCUAAGGAAGUCACGAGGGGAGGAGGAUGAGGAUUUUCAGAUAUUGGAGUAUCAGGCACAGAAAGGCAAUGCUGCGGCUAUGUACAAGAUUGGACUGUUCUACUACUUUGGUCUGCGAGGGUUAAGGCGUGAUCACACCAAGGCGUUGCACUGGUUUUCGAAGGCGGUGGAGAAAGGAGAACCGAGGUCUAUGGAACUUCUUGGGGAGAUAUAUGCUCGAGGAGCUGGUGUUGAGAGAAAUUAUACCAAGGCGCUUGAAUGGCUUACACUUGCGGCGAAAGAAGGUCUAUAUUCAGCGUUUAAUGGGAUUGGCUACUUGUAUGUUAAAGGGUAUGGAGUAGAGAAGAAAAACUACACUAAGGCAAAGGAAUAUUUUGAAAAGGCUGUUGACAAUGAAGACCCCAGUGGGCAUUAUAACCUUGGGGUUCUGUAUCUUAAAGGCAUUGGAGUCAAAAGGGAUGUGAGGCAGGCAACAAAAUACUUCUUCGUUGCUGCAAAUGCUGGCCAACCGAAGGCUUUCUAUCAACUCGCCAAGAUGUUCCAUACUGGAGUUGGGCUUAAGAAGAACCUGGAAAUGGCAACUUCGUUCUAUAAGUUAGUAGCAGAAAGAGGACCAUGGAGUUCUCUCUCUAGAUGGGCGCUUGAAGCUUACCUUAAAGGAGAUGUGGGUAAGGCUUUAAUCUUAUACUCGAGAAUGGCAGAGAUGGGUUAUGAAGUAGCACAAAGUAAUGCUGCAUGGAUCCUCGACAAAUACGGUGAAAGAAGCAUGUGCAUGGGAGUAUCUGGGUUUUGCACAGACAAGGAGAGACAUGAGAGAGCACAUUCUUUGUGGUGGCGUGCAUCUGAACAAGGCAAUGAACAUGCUGCUCUCCUUAUUGGAGAUGCUUAUUACUAUGGCCGGGGUACUGAGAGAGAUUAUGUGCGUGCGGCUGAGGCAUACAUGCAUGCUAAAUCACAGUCAAACGCGCAAGCAAUGUUCAACCUAGGUUACAUGCAUGAGCAUGGACAAGGGCUUCCCUUUGACCUGCAUCUAGCAAAACGUUACUACGAUCAAGCACUUCAGAGCGAUGCAGCAGCUAAAUUGCCAGUCACACUUGCUCUCGCCAGCUUAUGGCUACGUAGAAACUAUGCUGAUACCUUCCUGGUGAGAGUUGUGGACUCAUUGCCAGAAGUGUAUCCAAAGGUAGAGGCUUGGAUUGAGAAUGUGGUGUUUGACGAAGGUAACGCGACAAUCCUCACACUUUUUGUCUGUCUUAUUACGAUUCUCUAUCUCCGAGAGAGACAACGAAGACAAGUUGUUGUCCCCGAUCCUGUGGGAGGCGAUGUGGCUCAACCUCUCGAUGCUGAGGUGGCACAACACCUGGCUGCAUUCCCACGGUGAUGAGGUGAUCAUCGUCUUCUUCAUACAACCAUAUUUUGGUUUUUAUUGUACAGUUUAAGAAGUUUUUGUGGGAUCGCGGCUUUUUUCUGCAACUUAUCUUGUUGGGCCUAAGUCUCUUAAUAGAUGUAUCUUCUUACGUUAUUUUAACCAAACUAAACGCCCAGUUUCUUAACUUUUAAUC